CGCUCCCGGGAGGGGGUGCAGUGGUAGCGCAGCUCUCCUCCCGCUCCUCCGGUGCAGGCGGAUCCAUGCCGGGUUUUGCGGCGGAAUCUAAGAGUGCUGGUUCUUCUGUCGCUCUUGGCAGCUCUCUGCAGCGGGAGAUCAUGGUGCUGAACGAACUGUGGGCUGCGUUCUCCGGUGCCUCCGGGGCUGCCGUGGCCUGCUGCUUCGUGGUGGCGGCCGUGGCCCUGCGCUGGUCCGGUGGCCGGACAGCGCGGGGUGCGGCGGCCCGGGCGCGACAGAAACAGCAAGCGGCCCUAGAAAGCAUGGACAAGGCAGCGCAGCGCUUCCGGCUCCAGAACCCUGACCUGGACUCAGAGGCACUGCUGACCCUGACUUUGCCUCAGCUGGUGCAGAAGUUACACAAUGGGGAGCUGUCUCCGCAAGCUGUGCUCUUCACCUAUUUGGGAAAGGCCUGGGAAGUGAACAAAGGGACAAACUGUGUGACCAACUACCUGGCAGACUGUGAGACUCAGCUGUCCCAGGCCCCAAGGCAGGGCCUGCUCUAUGGUGUCCCUGUGAGCCUCAAGGAGUGCUUCAGCUACCAGGGCCAGGACUCGACCCUGGGCUUGAGCGUGAAUGAGGGGGUGCCAGCAGAGUGUGACAGCGUGGUGGUGCAGGUGCUGAAGCUGCAGGGCGCUGUGCCCUUUGUGCACACCAACGUCCCCCAGUCCAUGCUCAGCUAUGACUGCAGCAAUCCCCUCUUCGGCCAGACCACAAACCCAUGGAACUGCCGCAAGAGCCCAGGUGGCUCCUCGGGGGGUGAAGGGGCCCUCAUUGCCGCGGGAGGCUCCCUCCUGGGCUUAGGCACUGACAUCGGGGGCAGCAUCCGCUUUCCCUCCUCCUUCUGUGGCAUCUGCGGCCUCAAGCCCACAGCGAACCGCCUCAGCAAGAUUGGCCUGAAGGGCUGUAUCUACGGACAGCUGGCAGUACAGGUCUCAGUUGGCCCCAUGGCCCGGGACGUGGAGAGCCUGGCACUGUGCCUGCGAGCACUGCUGUGUGAGGACAUGUUCCGCUUGGACCCCACCGUGCCCCCACUGCCCUUCAAGGAGGAGGUCUAUGCAAGCUCUCAGCCCCUGCGUGUGGGGUAUUAUGAAACAGACAACUAUACCAUGCCCACCCCAGCCAUGAAGCGGGCUGUGCUGGAGGCCAAGCAGAGACUAGAGGCUGCCGGCCACACGCUGAUUCCCUUCCUGCCAAGGAACAUACCCUAUGCUCUGGAGACCCUGUCGGUAGGUGGGAUGUUCAGCGAUGGCGGCAGCAGCUUCCUACAGAACUUCAAAGGCGAUUUGGUGGACCCCUGCUUGGGGAACCUGAUAUUGACUCUGAAGCUGCCUAGGUGGCUUAAAGGACUGCUGGCUUUCCUGCUGAAGCCUCUGCUUCCAAGGUUGGCAGCCUUUCUCAGCGGCAUGAAGUCUCGGUCCACUGGAAAGCUCUGGGAACUGCAUCACGAGAUUGAGGUGUACCGCAACUCUGUGAUUGCCCAGUGGAGAGCACUGGACUUGGAUGUGCUGCUCACCCCCAUGCUGGGCCCUGCUAUGGACUUGAAUGCCUCAGGCAAUGCCUCAGGGGCCGUCAGCUACACUAUACUCUACAACUGCCUGGACUUCCCAGCGGGGGUGGUGCCUGUCACCACAGUGACCAUCGAGGAUGAGGCCCAGAUGGAACAUUACAGGGGCUACUUUGGAGACAUCUGGGACAAGGUGCUGUGGAAGGCCAUGAAGAAGAGUGUGGGGCUUCCUGUGGCUGUGCAGUGCGUGGCUCUACCCUGGCAAGAAGAGUUGUGUCUGAGAUUUAUGCGGGAGGUGGAGCAACUGAUGACCCCUGAAAAGCAGCCAUUCUGACUGCUGCCUGCCCAGCUGCCCAGCUGGCUCUGGAAGACCUACUCAAUCUGUGCCCAGCCCAGUCAGGGCACAGCUGCCAGCCUUCAAGGAAAUAUUUACCUGGGGGCACAGGCUUCCUUCCCUUUACCUCUCCAAGAAGCCAAGACCCCCUGAGUCUGGACCUUGCUCCCCUGCCUGGCCCCCAGUCUCUGCCCUGAACCCCUCCACUUGUGGCAGCCAGUAGGUAUAACAUGGGCAAAGGCCCACCAAGAGUCAAAAAAUGGUUUCUAUCCUCUGCA